CCAAGGAGAUUCUGGAAACCUUUGGUAGGAGAUUCUCUCCAUGCCGUCCCCUACUUGGAAGAUACUUCUGCAGAUGUAUUGCUUGGAACAGGGAUGGGGCAUGCGGCCAAGUUCAGCUUUAAAAGGAAUUAGGAAGAGCCUGUUUGGAAGAUGAUGAUGUGGGAAUAUUUGUUUUUCCCAGUGUUGGAGCUUGAACUCAGGGCCUCAUGCAUGCUAGUGCUGUGCCUGGGACAGAAAACUAACACACAGGAUGGCUCUCUGCCCAGUCCCACUAUCGACACUGAGCCAGGUCCUAGGGACGCUGAGCCAGCUCUUAAGAUACCCCGAGGGAGUUCUAUAACCUUUGUCUGCUCAAACCCUGAUGGAUAUGAUGUAUUCCGCCUGGAGAAGAAUGAACACAGCUUAAUGGAUAAGAAGAAUAUUCAGCCUCCUACAAGAGAAGCAAGAUUUUGCUUUAGCCCAGUGAAUGAGUCCAUUGCUGGACUUUUUAACUGUAUCUAUAUGAAAGGAAGCACGUGGUCCCCACGCAGUAAGACUGUGGAGGUAAAGGUGAUCAGUGAAGAUGUCACCCUGAGUCCUGCCCCACGUCCAUCAAUGACCUCAGGUGCACCUGGGCCAAAGACAGAAAGCAUUUAUAUUCUCAUUGUGGUCUCUGUGGUUUUCCUCGUUUGUCUUCUCCUUCUUUCCAUUUUCUGCCUCUAUAGCCACUGUAAGAAAAAGCAGGGGCUCCCAAACAGCAAGAGCCAGCAGCAGAGAUCACAAGAAAGCCUAUCUACUAAUGGUAUGGAGAGGACACCAGACAUAGUCACAGAGAACAGGCGAUCUGAGGACAGAAGGACAGAAACCAGGACCCCAUUUGCAAAAGACCUUCAGGAAGUGACAUAUGCCCAGCUGGAUCAUCACUCCCUCUCACAGAGAACAGUUGGAGCUGUGACCCCACAGAGCAGAAAUAUCGUGGCUGAAUCCUCUACAUAUGCAGACAUCGUCAGACACUAAGCCUGUGUACACCUGGAGACACACAAGUCACUACUGGAGAAGUGUGAAAUGGAAAGUCAAAAGUUCCCCUUGGGGUUAUCCUGGUGUAGAAAGCUAGCCACCCCGCCAGUUUGGGGGAAGACUAUGUUGCAGUUACCUCCAGAGCCCCAGCUACAAUCACUCAGUCGUUUUCAGGGACACAGUUACAGCCCCUUAGCUGUUUCUAUAGGCUCUUUCCAGCCCAUAUUAUUUAAUGAUCGUCACUGUAACAGUCCAGCGGCCUCUAUAUCCCCACUUGUGUAAAGAGCCCAGUGAACCCUAAAGGCUUCCUUGGAUUCCCCUGCUGAAUCUGACUGGGCUGUACUCAUGGUCCCUUCUUUGUGUCAGAUCUCAUAGGGUGCAUCAUGGGUAUUUUUGAAGGUGGAUUCUCUAUAGCCUGUGUGGGUUUUGGACACACAGCCUAUGUGGACACUAACUCUGUCUUCAUUGCUGUUCAGAGAUGAGCAGAGAAAUGAGGACUACAAAGGGUGCCUAUGGUUCCUUUUUUUCUUUCAAAUAUAUGCUUAAUUGACCAAGAUUGUGCACACUCAAUUAUGAUCCACCAUGACCUGGUGUGCCUUUGUGUGUGUAGCCACCAACACAAAUACUCAGCUUAGCUGUCACCUCCCACUGUCGGACCUGAGCAUGUUGCUUGAUGAUUGAUCUUAGGGUCAGUGUUUCUUAAUGGAGUGUGUUGAUCAGGGAUGGAAGAGGAAGGAGGAGCCAAAGGACAGGGGAGGAUGAGAGUGGACUGAGCAGCUCUACCUACACACACGUACACAGAAGGCCAAACAGGCAGAUUCACACAGCCUUACACACCCCCAUACACCCACAGACGUGUACAUAGGUGCAUUAUGCACAUGGAGCAGCACACUGGUCACUGUGAGAUGCUAUUUGUCAUUAUCUCUGUCCCCCACACAGCAUCAGGUUCAGUGGCCCCAUGCCCGUGCGCAUAUGGUCAGCACUAAUUAGACUCAGAAAGCUGUUAAUAACAACAGUAAUAAUUUAAAAAGAAAUCAUAGCAGGGCAUGAAGGCAACACACUUUUAAUCCUGGUACUUAGGAGACAGGCAGGCAGAUCUUUGUGAGUUCUAGGACAGCCUGGUCUAUAUUGCAUCUUUCAGGCCAGCCAGGUCCACCAAGAGAGACCCAGUCUCUCUCUCUCUCUCUUUCUCUCUCUCUCUCUCUCUCUCUCUCUCUCACACACACACAUACACACAGCCCAACCCACCCUAAAAGACAUGAAGUGAGACAAGUUCUAUAAUGGUAGGACCAAGGGGUAAUUGGAGAGAGGUAUUGGUGAGGUGGAUCGGUUCCAAACACACUGCAUUUAUCACAUCUGUAAACAUGUAAAAACAAAUUUAAAAAUAGACAAUACUUAUUCUAACUUACAGAUACUAAAACAGCAAGCACAGGGCUUCCACAGGACUGUUGAGGGCCUCUUUGUAUAUAUUAUGGUUUUCAGGUUAGUGUUUUCAUAGGAUUCCUGAGUGUGUGAACAAGUGGGUGUGUCAUUCUGGUGUCCUCUCUUGGGUUUUUUUUUUUUUUUCCUGUUAAUUUGCCUUGCUCAACUUUGAUGUGAUGGAUUUGUUUUAUCUUAUUAUGAGAAAAGAAAACUACUCAGAGGACCACUAGGGGGUGAGAGUGGUCUCAUUUUGAUGGUUAGGAUGGGAGCCUAUUACUGAGGGUGCUCUGAAAAGCUCUACCCAACAGGUGAUGGAAGCAGAGGCAGAGACCCACAGCCAAACCUUGGGCAGAGUGCAGGGAGUCUUAUGUAAGAAGUUGGGGUUAGAAGGACACGGAGGGGACAAGAGCCCCACAAGGAGACCAACAAAGCUAAAAAAAACUGAGCCCAGGGGAUCCUGCAGAGACUGAUGCACCAACCAAGUACCAUGCAUGGAGAGGACAUAGACCCUCCUGCUCAGAUGUAACCAAUAGGCAGCUCAGUAUCCAUGUGGGUUCCCAUAUAAGGGGAGCAGGGGCUGCCUGUGUCAUGAACUCGUUUGCCUGCUCUUUGAUCACUUCCCUCUGGCGAUGCUGUCUUGCCAGGCCACAGAGGAAGGGGAUCCAGGCAGUCCUGAUGAGACUUGAUAAUCUAGGGGCAGAUGGCAGGGCGGGGAGAACUUCCCCUUUCAGUGGAUUAGAAGGAGAUAAGGAGGAAGAGGGAUCGAGGGUGGAAGGAGCUGAGGGAGGGGGCUAGAAUUAGGAUAUAUAAUGAAUAAACUGUAAAUAAAUAAAUAAAAAUUUAAAGAAAAAAUGCUCAUGGCUGAGAAAACAACAACAACAAAAACACAACAAAACCAACAACAAGCCAACUCCUCUAAACUUGAUUUCCAGUGUGCGUGUGUUACAACAACCAAGCCCCCCCCCCCCGAAAGAAUCCAAUCAUAAUUCCUCUCAUGAAGUAAAAUUACAUGGUGUCUGGAUUUAGAGAGGCAGACCUGUUACAUAUACACAUAAAAACAUCGUAACCAGAGCUGGAGAGAUAGCUCAGUGGGUAAGACCACUGGCUGUUCUUUCAGAGGAUCUAGGUUAGAUUCUCCACACAUGGUGGCUCACCACGAUCUCUAACUCCAGUUCCAGGAGAUCUGACACCAAUUUUUGAUCUAUGGAAGCACAUAGCACUCACAUGGUGAACAGACAUACAUGCAGUAUAAACACACAUAAAAAGAAUAAAUCCAAUACAAUAUUAUAAAUAAAUAUCACAAUUUUCUGUGCUUCCUAAAUGGUAAAUAUCAAUAAAAGAAAAAGAAACUUGCAUGCUAGUCAUAUAUGUGAAGAAACACUAUUUUAAAAUACAACAAAGUGUCAGAUAGUGCAUGUGUUUAAUCCUAGAACUUGGAAAACAGAAACAGGUGGAUCUCUGGGAGUUUGAGGCUGCUUGGUGUACCUAAUGAGGACAGGCAGGGUUACAUAGAGAGAGCCUUCUCAAGGUGAAUGUGUGAAUGGACAAAUGAAUGACUAUCUUAGUAAGAGUCAAUACGUUAUGCCAUAGUCUUUUGUGUUGUUCUCUAUUCUGCACGGCUCUUUACCCUACUUGUGGGAACACAAGGCAUCAUGGUAUGAGUAGGUCACUAAAGAAGGCAGGACUGAGGGUCCCCAGACGCAGGAUGUCUGGCUUUCCUGAGCCUGUCAGGCUGUGCUUCUUUUGCUGGGAGUUCAGUCUCAGAGGUAGGUGCCAAGAUCCAAAGAGUUUUAUGUGUGCCAAGUAUUACUAUUUUUUUUUUGCCUUCGUGAUUAAUUUCUCUGAGUAUCUGCUUUUCUUAUUUUGUUUUAUUUUAUUGAUUUUUCCCCCAGAUGUAGUUUCUCUAUGUGGAGCCCUGGCUGGCCUUGAACUCACAAAGAUUUGCUUGCUUCUGCCUCCUGAGUGCUGGGAAUAAAAGUGUGUUGUGCCACCACACCAGGAAAAAAAUCUUUGUGUUUUUGUUUAAUUUUUGUUUUUUGCUUUUCAAGACUGGAUUUCUUUUGUGUAGCUCUGGCUGUCCUGGAACUCACUCUAUAGACUGGGCUGGCCUCUAACCUCACACUGGUGUUCCUGCCCACACCAUCUUCUACCCAGUUUCCUCCUUUCAUCCACUUCCACUGUCUAUUUUAUUUCCCCUUCUAAGUGAGAAUCAAGCAACUUUCUUUGGUCCUUCCUUGUUAUUUAGCUUCUCUAAAGCAAAGGGCACUGUCAACAGAACAAAAUGAUAGCUUACAGACUGGGAAAAGAUCUUCACUAGCCCUACAUCUGACAGAGGGCUAAUAUCCAAAAUAUAUAAAUAACUCAAGACACUAAACACCAACAAACAAAAUAUGGGGUGCAGAGCUAAAUAGAGCACUCUCAAUGGAGGAAUAUUGAAUGGCAGAGAAACACUUAAGGAAAUGCUCAGUGUCCUUAGUCAUCACGGAAAUGCAAAUCAAAAUGACUCUUUGAUUCUAUUUUACACCUGUCAGAAUGGCUAAGAUCAAAGACUCAAAUGACACCACAUGCUGGUGAGGAUGUGGAGGAAGGGAAACACUUCCCCAUUGCUGGCGGGAGUGCAAACUUAUACAACCACUUUAAGAAAUCAAUCUGGUGCUUUCUCAGAAAAUUGGGGAAAAUGCUACCUCAAGAUCCACUCCUGGGCAUAUACCUGAAAGAUGCUCUAGCAUCUGAAAUAUUGUCCCAUCUGAAAGAUGUCUACAACAGGGAUGUUUGCUCAACUAUAUUCAUAGCAGCUUUAUUCAUACUAGCCAGAAUCUGGAAACAACUUAGAUCUGUCUAUCAACUGAAGAAUGGAUACAGAAAUUGUGAUACAUUUACACAGUGGAAUACUACUCAGUUAUUUAAAACAAGGAAAUGAAAUUUUCAGACAAAUGGGUAGAACUAGAAAAGAUCAUCCUGAGUGAGGUCAGAACCUCAGAAAGACACACAUAACAUUCUAAGUGAAGGUUAGCCACAUAAUACAGAAAAACCAUUCUAUAAUCCACAGACCUAAAGAAACUAAAUAACAAGGAGGACCCCUGGGAGGAUUCUUAAUUCUCAUUCAGAAGGGCAAAUAGAAUAGACACUGGAAGCAGCUGAAGACAGGGAACAGGACAGGAGCCUACCGUAGAUGUUCUUUGAAAGACUCCACCCACUGAAACAGACGCUGAGACUUACAGCCAAACUUUGGGCAGAGUGCAGGUCAUAUGGAAGAGUAGGGGGAUAAAAGGACCUGGAGGGGACAGGAGCUCCAUAAAGAGACCAAGAGAGCCAAAAAAUCUGGGCCUAGGGGUGCUACUGAUGCACCAAAUAAGAGCCAUGCAUGGAGAGGUCCUAGACCCCCUACUUAGAUGUAUCCCAUAGGCACCUCAAUCUCCAUGUAGGUCACCUAGUAUGGGGAGCAGGGGCUGUCCUGACAUAGACUCUGUUGCCUACUCCUUGAUCACUUUCCCCUAGAGGGGUGGCCUUGCUAUUCCAUAGAUGAAGAGGAUGUAGGCAGUCCUGAUAAGAGUUGGUAGGCUGGGGUAGAUAGUAAAGGAGGCAGGAUCCUCCUUUCUGAGGACUAGAGGAGGGGGAAGGAGAAAGGGAAAGUGGAGAAAGGGAGGAUAGUCUUUGAGGACUCAGAAGCUUAAGCCAGGCUUAAUGGCUUAUAUUUUCUUCCUGCUUUCUACAGACACAUAUGCGGAACUCUGAGCUAUGUCUUCUUGCAUGCCUCUAUGCUUCUUACCGUGAUUAUAAUGGACUAUUCCUUUCAAACUGUAAGCCAGCCCCAAUUGAAUGUUUUCCUUUAUAAAAGUUGUCAUGGUCAUAGUGUCUCUUAAUAACAAUAGAAUCUCUAACUGAGACAGAGAUUGGUUUCAGGGACUUGGGUAUUUCCAUGACUAUGUUUCUGUCUGAAGGAAUGUAGAUAUUGGGAAUUUGAGACUUUGUGUUAUGAAAGCAGUAAAAUGCUUUAAGUCCAGCUUAGUAAAACACACUAGAAAGAGGAUGGAAGAAAAUGGUGCUGGGGGUGAUUUAAACUAUGGAGGUGUAUCUCAAGAGGUUUUAGAGGAGAGGAAUUUUUGUAUGCUGCCUAGAGAAAUAUCUUGAGGUAAUUUUGUGAAUAAUGUGGCUGUUUUCUGUCCUUGUCCAAAGUAUUCUUCUGAGGCUAAAUUGAAGAAUUAUGUAGUAAUAGCUUUGGCAGAGGAAUUUUUCAGAAAACCUCCUAUUGACUAUGUUGGCAGUCCUGGUGAGACCUGACAGGCUAGGGUUAAAUAGUAGGGGAGGAGGACCUCCCCUAUGAGUGGGCAGAAGAGAAGCAUGGGGGAAGAAGAGGGGGCGUUGGCAGGAGAUGAAGGAGGGAGCUACAGCCGGGAUACAAAGUGAAUACAUUGUAAUUAAAAAAAAAAAAAAAAAAAAAAAAAAGAUGGCCAAGUGCUAGCCCAAGUAAGCAGCAGAGAUUGGCACCUUCUGCCUGCGAGUCAAGGGCUGAAGGAAGGUGUUAGGGAAUUACCCCCAUAAUAAGGAAUGCUGCUGAGUCCGUAAGUGUGUCAGGGAUGUUUGGGGGCCUGGAGAGUCCAUUGUAUGUAUCUGUGAAGGUGAAGCCUGGUAACACCAAAAUGUUGGAGAUGCCAGAGCUAUGGGACACAUGCAGAAAAAAGCUGUUAAGAGGAAAUGAAAUCAGCCCAAGGGAAAGAAAUGUGCUUCAGUCAAAAAGCUGAAAGCAGUUGAAAAUCUAAAGAGCACUUUGACAUCAGGCACCAAGAUGCAGCAUUUGGAGUUUGACCAGCUAGUUUUGAAUCUUGUUCUGAUCCAAUUUCCUUACUAUGAUCCCUUUUCUCCAUUUUGGAACUGUUUAUGUGAUCUGCGUUUUCAUUUUGAUUUUACAGGGGAUUGCAGUUAAGACAGUGCAUGAGUCUCAGAAGAGACUUUAAACUGGACUUUUACACACUGCUCAUACUGUGGCACACUGUAGGGAAUUUUAAGAUGGUCUAUGAUAUAGCUGCAAGACUUCCUCCCACAGUGGCUAUCAGAGGAAGAGCAUAGAAGGUGGUGGUUCCAAUGAAAAUAGCCUUCAUAGGGGCAUAGGGAGUGAUGCUAUUGGAACUGGUGGGAGUAAGUGUGGCUUUGUUGAAGAAAGUUCAUCACUGGGGGUGGAGUUAGAGAUUUCAGAUGCCCACUCUAGGUGCAGUGUGGAACAUACUUCUUGCUGCCUUCCAAUAUAGAUGUAGAAUUCUCAGCUAACUCUGCCUGCAUGCCAUGAUGCUUCCCACCAUGAUGAUAGUGGACUAAACUUCUGAACUAUCCCAAAUUAAAUGUUUUCCUUUAUAAGAGUUGCCAUGGUCAUGGUGUCUCUUCACAGCAAUCAAACCCUAAGACAAUAUUCAAUAUCUGUCUUUCCAAGUUGGACUUAACUUGGCUUAACCCAAUGAUCUUCAAUUGUACCUAUUUUCCUCCACAUCCUUUUCCUUGCUCAAAUAUGUGUCUGUAAUUACCUAUAUAGUUUGUGAGCAUGCAUAUGUUCACCUGUAGUUCAACACUACAAAACCUCAUUUACAUCAGUAUAUCAAGCUUGUAUGGUUUUACAUGAUUACCAUUUACUAUUCUUUAUAGAUAUGCAUUACCAUUCAUUAGGAUAAGAUAUUUGUGUGUGUGUUGGAAGUGUGUCUGUGUGACUACUGAGUUGCAUUUCUUGCGGGUAUUUUAGUUAGUGGGAUGUUGAUUGGAUGAUGAAGCACCAGGGGACAUGGGUGUUGAGAAAAAGGAGAAAGUCCCCUCUGUCGCACACAUGUCUUCCUGACAUUGAAGAGGUACUUACAAGUAGCCUUUACUCUUCUGGGCAUUUGUAGAUUGUUCCUCUUCUCUUAUUGCCCUGUGACACAAGGGAACAUCCUGUCCCAUCAGUGAGGUCUGGGUCCUCACCCCUGCCUCUUCUGCCUUUCCUCUACAUCCAUGCAGCAUUUUCCUUUAUUUUAUUUUGGUUUAUCUAGACAGAAUUUCUUUGGGUAGGUCUAGAUAUCCUAGAACUCAAUCAGUAGACCAGAGUAGCCCUAAACUCAGAGAUCAUCUAGCCUGUGUCUUCCAAGUGCUGGUAUUAAAGAAAUUAGUCACCACACCAGGCAUCUUCUAUUUGAAAUUACCACAUUGCCUACCUGCAUUAUAAAAUCUGUCUCUUUUUUUUUUUUUUUACUAAAAACAAGGAAUUUGACUCAAAUAACAAAAAUGAUAAGUAAAAAUUAUGUUCUGGGUUGCAAAAUAUCUGAGUGAAAAUGAUGUCUCAAAACACUCUCUGAAGCACUCAAACCCUCCAGUCAUCAUUACAUACUUUUUGUGGGUUCCUCCUGAAAUAGAAAGGUGUCCUGAAAAUACACUGGGCUUUGAAGGAACUGUCUGUGGACCUGACUAUGAAAAUACUUUUUCCAAAGACGUGAUUUUGUGCACUUUCUGGUUACUGUCUAUAUUUACUUCAUAUUUCCCUCUUAACUUCAGUGUUAUAUCCCGUGUGAAAGGUGUGGAAGUCAUACAAGAAAUAGAUGGGCAUUUAAUGUCAGUUCGCACUGUCCAUCACUAGGAUGCACACAAGUAAUUCACACGCAGCUGUUUCCUAAUAACUUGCAUGGUAUAAUGGAUUGGCUUAAUAAAGUUGUAUUUGGAAACUAAUUCAGAAUUUCUCUAUAGACAGACAUGUUAUCUGAAAAGAGCAAAAGUUCUUGUUCUCUCAAUAUAUGAACACUGUAUUUACUUUACUGACCUUGCUACAUUAGUUAAGACUUCAAAUACGCUGAAAAAAAUUCUUGAAGAGAAGAGACACUGCUGGGUUGUUCCUAUUUUAGUGGAAAAUUCCUGGUUCCAUUGCAUUAAGUGUGAAGUUAAUUUCAGUUUUCUUUGCAUAUAAUUGUAUGCUCACUCUGUUGUGGGACACAGACGAGUGCUGUUUCUUCAUAUACAUGCAUACCUUCAUCAUGGAUGCCUUAAAAUUUUCAUUGUUUCUGUGAUGAAUGGGUGAAUCCCACUUUCUUGUAGUAGAUGAACUUUUUGAUAUAACAUUAAAUCAAAUUUUUAUCACUAAAAAUAA